UGGUUGAAGUUUACAAACACAUAUAAUUUAAACACCUGGGUUGCCCACGGAUCAUUACUCGGGUGGUACUGGAACGGAAUGCAAUUCCCCUGGGAUGGAGAUGUGGAUGUGCAAAUGCCAAUUGCCGAUUUACACAAACUUGCUCAAUUAUUUAAUCAAUCCGUGGUGGUUGAUUUUGGUAAUGACAUGGACAAUCUCAGAUACGGAAGGUUCUUUGUUGACGUUACCAGUUCCAUCUCCCAUCGUGACAAGGGGAACGGGAGAAAUAAUAUCGAUGCUAGAUUUAUCGACAUGGAUAGCGGGUUAUAUGUAGACAUUACCGGAUUGGCCAUUUCAGAGACAAAAGCUCCAGAUAGGUAUGAUGGUGGAUUAAGGAAUUCCAAAUUGGAAAGAUCAAGAAAGGAUGUGACGGAAGCACAAAGGAACGCUCAUUUGAAAGUGUACAAUUGUAGAAACAAACAUUUUACCAGAUUAGAUGAACUUUCACCAUUGAAGUUGACAUUGGUUGAAGGGGAAUUCGCCUAUGUUCCGGAACAAUUCACGACUAUUUUAGUGGAUGAGUACCAGACUAAGUCACUUUCGGUGCGUGAUUACCGUCAGAUGGCAUUCAUGCUGAAUUUACGUAAUUGGGUCGAUAGAGACAAAGUAUUAGACUUGGCAAGUCAUAAGGACAGCGAUAGAAAGAAACGUUUAGCGAAAAUCAAAGUCACGCCUGAUUUAAACAUUCCAGAUUCCGUUCAAUUACUUAUGGAUAAUGAACCAGUUUUGCAGGAGUACCUUACAACCAAGGAAUUAACAGAAAUCCAUGCCAACGAACUUAAUGCUAUUCUUAGUGGUAUUUCACCAUCACUGCUUUUCUUUGACGAUGAAACCAAUUCAUUGCUUGAUUUGAGAUCUACCAUUCGUCCAGAUGUAUUCACUUGGGAGACAAUCCAGAAGGAAUAUAAUUAUGAACAAGCUAUGGCGGAAUUUAAUGAAAAAUGCCAGGAUUCAGAUAAGAUUUUGAGUAUCAAGGAAGGAGCAGAACAAUUGAAAAAGACUUCCAAUGAAAUGGAGAAACUGGCUAAAGCAAAGGAGAAGAUUAUUGAGAAAGCUGUAGAAGAUGUAAAGAAAGAAACUGCGCAACAAGCACCACCACAACCAGCACAAGCAAUUUCAAACCAAGCACCACCAAAGCAGCAAGCACAACAUGUGCAACCCGUAAAACAAGCACAGCUAGCUAAUCAAGUUCAAGAACCAGAACCUCAACCAAACCAAGAUGUAAAUGAAGAGCCAAACCAACCGAAGCUUCUACAACAAGCUCAAGCCCCAAUAGAACGGGAUAUGUUAUAGUUGAUGCAUCUUUCUCGUGUAAAUUAGCAUAUAAACAUUUAAAAGAACAGUCGUUUAGAUUUUGCAGCCAGUAAGUAACAUAUACUUGGCUCAAUAUAGAAACCUUUAC